AUGGCGAUGGGUUUGAUACAGUGUCUUGUUUGGUUAAUCUGCUUUCUGAUUCGUGUCUCCUCUGAGUCUGAUGAUGUCAGUGUGUUGAAAGGUUGGGACUUGCUGUCGCCAUCAACCAAUCGGACGAUUGUUUCUGCGGGCGGUGUAUUCGAGCUUGGGUUCUUCAACCCUGACCCAAGCCGCGGGGAGCGUUGGUACGUCGGGAUUUGGUACAAGAAUAUCCCUGAGGCUGGGAGAAGAUACGUUUGGGUUGCCAACAGAGACAACCCUCUCAACAACUACAAUGGAACACUCGGAAUCUCUGGAGCAACACUCGUUAUCCGGGACCCUUCUGAUAACAACAGGAUCGUGUGGUCAAGCACAAGUUUUGGUUCAGGGUCUCCGGUGGCAAAGCUGUUAGAUAGCGGCAACUUUGUGCUGAUGAAUUCCAACGACGAAGAUCCAGGCGAUAUCUUGUGGCAGAGUUUCGAUUACCCGACAGAUACUUUACUGCCGGGGAUGAAACUCGGAUCUGAUCCCGACGUCAAUGAGAGAACCGCCCACAUUAACCGAGUGUUAACCUCUUGGAAAAACGCUAUAGAUCCGUCGAGAGGGAAUUAUACUUUAUCGCUUGAAAGACGAGAUGAAUCAUGGGGCUUGUCAAUCAUGGGGAGUGGAAACAAGCGUAUGUACUCGAGUGGCCCCUGGAAUGGAGCCGCGUUUUUCAGACUUCCGAGACCUUCACCGAGGCGUCCAACACCAAAGGCGCCAUGA